GCCGGCACUGGCUGCCUGACGUCACCGGCCGGGCUGGCGAUAGGCUGCGCGCUGAGCUCCCCGAAGCGGCGCCGGCUCCGGCUCUGCCCGCUUCAUUCGGCACCUUCUGCAGCCUCGGCGAGCGCGCGGCCGGGGGCUCCCUCCCGCCACAGGCAGCCCAGGCUUGAUCUUUCACCUGCCAUCUCCAGAGAGCGAACCGCCUCCCGUGCAUUUCCAGCCUGUGCAAACCGCCAGCCCGGAACCAAGUCAAAUCCAGGCAUCUGCAGGGAGGAGAGGAAGAUCCUCAUCUUCUUAAGCCUCCUCAAUGAGUGCCAAGCUCUCCAAGGAGUUGAGGCUGUCUCUGCCACCUUGUCUCUUGAACAGGACGUCUGCCUCCUCCAACGCCAGCAGCACCUGCAUCGCGCAGGUGGGGCAGCUCUUUCAGUCCUUCUCUUCCACCCUGGUUUUAAUCGUCCUGGUCACCCUCAUCUUCUGCCUGAUCCUCUCUCACCUCACAACCUUCCACGUCCACAAGAGGAAGAUGAAGAAGCGGAAAAUGCAGAGGGCUCAGGAGGAAUAUGAACGACACUGCAGCAGCAGCAGCCCCGAGGCAGGUAUUCAGGGAGAGACACCCCAGGGAAGAAACACCCGGCUGGGAAGCUCCACCCAGGACUCGGGAAUCCAGCGCCCGUCUCCCCCGGAGCCCAAGAGCGCUCACCCAGCAAGAUCUUGUUUGGACACAGCUAGUGCGGGGCUCCUGCAAACUGUGGUAUUGUCAUGAUUAUUUGGGGGGGGGGGGGGGGGGACCUCGCCAAGGCUCUGUUUGGUGUUUGUAAAUACUCCAGUGAUGAUUGUAGGCUCUGAAAAGAAAAGUUAUUAAUUAAAACGAACGAACAAACCCACAAUCCAAGCGCAUGACAAAUCACGCUGCGUUUCUCAUUGACUGUGCAAGGAAUGGAUGCGUCUUUUUAACGGAAAAGAAGCUGCACAGUGCUACCAAAAUAUACAGUCAUCUGCCCGGAGGCGUGGGGGUGGGGGAUCCAGUGUGAUGCACAGAGUUAUCAAAGGAUCGAGAAGAAUAUUUUCCCCUCCAUUCCUCUCCUGGGCUUAUCCCUAAUUAUAUCUUAUAAACGAACAAUUUAGAUUGAGGGAGGGAGGGCAUGGCACAGGGUGAGAGACAAAGAAAGAGUGAUCUGAACGAUGCAGUGGGAUCCUUAAUCUCUCAAACAAAGGAGACGAGUGCAGCUCAUGGCGAAAGGCAGGGACCUUUUGCCAGGGGCAGAGACGGACCCGGUCUUUCUGUAGGGUCUCUUCUUUUGCAUCAAUAACUCUCUCUCCCUCUCCAAAGACUGGGUAUUGUUUUCUUUAGAAAUGUCCUCCCCUGGUUGAGCGCAAUUAAAAACGGCAAGCCCUCCCAGUCCUUCCCCACUCCAUGGUAAGCCCCUUCUCUCUCUCUCUCUCUGCAAUAGCGAGUGCCCGGUGUGUCCCGACGCUUUAAAGCUGCCUAACAGUGCUUCUAGUACCAUCCUGAAGCAGCGGGCUGUUACAUCUUUCCCCUACACCCCACCCCAAGUCACUUUCCAGUGUAAUAUUCCAUUCGUUCUAUUAAACCUGGAAUAAGGAACCCCCCCCCCCCCUUUUUUUGUAACAGAGUACUACGUGAUGUGCAGUAGUUUACCCCCAUCAGAAUGUUUGAUUAUUUUAAAGAGGUGUGCCCUUGUUAUACCUCCUGUUGGUACUGAAGCAAAAUGUUGUUCUGUACUAUGCGCUGUACGCUGUAUAUUCUUCUUCGUUUAUAGCUUUUACCCAUUGAAUAAUGAAUUUAGCAACAGUACAGAUCUGGCUUCUACUUUUUAAGGCAUCUUUAUAUCUUCUGAUCCUGUACUAGACUAUUAUGAAUAUCCCUGCCUCCCCCAGGCCCCGAACAAAACUCUAAUGGAUGUGUGAAAAUGCCAUCUAUUAAAUCAUGGUUAAUAUUUCAAAAGAGGCUGAUGUGAGUUUCCCAGGAAAGGACCAACAGUUAUUUGACUAUGGAAGGAAGUGUCUGAGUGGCUGCUUGUUACUGUAUGUGUUUUGGGAAUCUGCAUUACAGUAAAUGCAGCUUUGACUAAAUACUUAACCAGUCACCAUGACUUGCAAAUGGUGCCUUAGCAGAAUGGCCCUAUCUAAAACUUUGAAACCUCUCCUGGUGGUAGUAUUAGAUCAGAGGUGAUGCUUUUCUGUCCAUGUUAAUGAACAGUAAACACAAAGACACACAAAAUAAUCCAAGAGGGUGUUUUCCUAGAUACACACUAGAAAUACCUGCUGGAUGUAAUUUCCAACUAUCUUUAAUUUAUGUUCUCUGUAGAAUCCCCUCUCCCCUCUAAAUCCUGGUGGAAAGAAUGGAUGUUUUAAAAAUAUGUACACAAUGGGAGGUACAGUUGGUUAAACUAAAGAUGGAGAAAUGUGAUGUUAGGAUGGGGCAGGAUAAAUACCAGUAAAUGCUCUAUCUAACCCCAUUACAGCACCAAAAAUGCAGAGGUUAUGGUACUGUAUAUCCAUCCCAUAUUUAUUCUGUUUCACUUCUAGCUAAUCAAAUGAGAAAUCUCUAUUGAGCUAGAAUCUAUGCCUCCAGCAUCUUAGGCAAAUGCUCUAUCAUCCAACUAAAGUUGCUCAUCCACCUGCUCAGCUCAGUGGGGUAUAAUAUGUCUAGUUGAUCAUAUUUUUACAUAGCAGUUUGAUGAGACUGGCAUCUGAUUCUCAUAGCAGUAUGAUCAGAUGCUAAUGAUUAUUCUGUUCUCUUUGGGACAAAUGAAUUUUUGUGUUUGACCCCCUUGUACAAUUGCAGCUCAUUAAUGAACCAUCAUGGAAUAAUGAAGAGAAUUCAGUGAACAGCAGUGGAGCUUCCUCGUUUUUGGUGAUCUCCACUAAACAGAAAUAUUACUUUUUCCUUCAUUUUGUGUCUUUUUAAACAAUGUAUAAUUUUCAAUUUUGUAAAAGCAAUAAGGUGUUUCACAUCACUUCAGUGCAUUUCUGGUUGAUGAUUCCACUCCCCUAGUGUCUGAAGUCAGUCACUCUUCCUUUUGCCUUAUGCACUCAAGGCAUGCAAUAAUUCCCCAGAAGUGUACUGCCUGUCAUACCUUAUUGCGGUUAUAAAAUUGCCCUAUUUUGGAUGAAAAAGGAUUUGGGGAGGGGGGGAGAGACUGAGAGAGAGAAGCCUGGUAUAUGUGUGUUUGUAAAAAUUCUGCUACUACUAAAAGUAGGGGUAGAAAUGUGUUUAGGUUUUAAAAUCUCUCACAUUUAAAACUCUAUCUUCUGUUUAAUUAGUUGAGAUUUAAAUUUUUAAUAUCUGUAUUUAUGUAAAUCUAUGUAAAUUAUAUGGUCUAUGAGUAAAACUUGAUACUGACUUUAAUUUUCUCAGACCUGUGAACUUCUUGUGGUGUAACUUAAGGUUUUAUAAAAAAACAAAGCAAAUUAAAUUAUACAAGAUAGCAAAAGUUAUAAGUGCUCAUUACCAUCCUGAAUUACUUCAGUAAUGUUCAUAAGCACUUCCAGGACACUGAUGUAGUUUAAAGUACUGGUUUUACAAGGUUUAAUUGAACAGUUUUAGGAGAUCAAGUUGAUACCAGCAAGCUAUGUAAGGUUUCAUUUUUUAUGAAACAAUAAGCAAUCUGGGGAAUAAAUGUGGAUUUUUAAAAAUGGGUUUUAUGCAUAGAGGUUGUCAAAUCAAUUGCUUCAAAACCCUACAACUACAGCUAAACUUCUGCACUUAACAUUCAGUAUUAAUAAGGCUGAUGGUGGUCCACCUCCCUAUCCACCCCCAAAAAAAUUAGAAGGUAAUGGCUUACAUUAACUCUGUUGGAUUUCUAAAGCAAAUGUCCUCAACUUUUACUUUGAAUUUGUUUAAAGGGUUUUGAAUUUAUAUAAAUGUAUUUUUAUAUAUCUGAGACAGAUUUUUUGUGUGUAAUCUUUCAUAGAAUAUAUGAAGGAGAUGGAAGUCAAAUCAUUGUUCUAAUUUAUGGUAACAAAAGAUUAAUAGCAGGUCUAUGGGGUCUUUUUCUGUUUAAAACCAAUACCAUUCUGGUAAAUUAUGCAAGAAACCAAAUGGAUGAGAGAAGACUGAUAAUGGAAUAGACAAAGUGUCUUUCACUUGGAAGGGCCAGAUCCUACAGCUGGAUCUGUGAGGGCAGACAUAUUUCUCAGUACAGGAUUUGGCCUAUAGUCCAUAACCAUCUCAUAGCUGUUGGGAGGCAUAUGUAAUAAUUAUAAAUAAAUAUUAUAAUGCUUAACAAUAACUAAUCAGUCAACAUCCUUGUGAGAUAGACGAGUAUUACUGUCCCUAUUUUACAGAGAGGUAAAUUGGGAGGUUAACAUUAACUGAGAGGCCACACAGCAAUUUGGAGGCAACACUGAAUUUAGGAGUUGCUGAUUCUCUGUCCUGGGCUCAUUUCUUCAGAGCCCAUUGCUUCACAGGGAGCUCAGUUCAGCUCCCACUGAAGUCAAUGGAAAAACUUCUGUUGAUUUCAGUGGGAGUUGGAUCAGGCCCUUAGACAUCUUUCUAGCAGACAGCUGUCCACAUCAUCGUAUUUGGCACUAAUUUGCACCAGAGCCCUCAGUUUCAGUAGAGAUGACCAUCAGCUCUGACAUACACUUUUGUCUUUAGACAAGGUCCCCUCCCUCCCCCUUCAGGGCUGGGGUACCGUAGCAGGGCAGCACAGCUUACAUUGCUGUCAGGGCUGCUUCUAUGGAAUGAGGUUUGCAGAUUUGUCAAGCCUUUCACUGAACUAAAUUCACUGUUUGUUUAAUUUAUUUGUAAGAUUAUUUCAGCAUUUUUUCUGGUGGUUUUGACUGCCAUAAGUACAAUCUUUAGGUUGAAACUUGCAAGCCGGAACUCCAUCCAGAAAAUUUAUUUUUCCUCAUAAUUG